AUGGUGCGUGUGGGCCGCCGAUCUGGCUGGGCACCGGAGGUGGGUGGUGGUGCCAAGGCCAAGUCGAAAUGCGGCCCAACGUUCUUCCCUUGUGCCAGCGGCAUCCACUGCAUCAUUGGCCGCUUCCAGUGCAAUGGCUUCGAGGACUGUCCCGACGGCAGUGAUGAGGAGAACUGUACCGCCAACCCUCUGCUUUGCUCCACCGCCCGCUACCACUGCAAGAAUGGCCUCUGCAUUGACAAGAGCUUCAUUUGCGAUGGGCAAAAUAACUGUCAAGACAACAGCGACGAGGAAAGCUGUGAAAGCUCUCAAGAACCAGGCAGUGGGCAGGUGUUUGUGACCUCAGAGAACCAGCUCGUGUACUACCCCAGCAUCACCUACGCCAUCAUCGGCAGCUCUGUCAUCUUCGUGCUGGUGGUGGCCCUGCUGGCCCUGGUCCUGCACCACCAGCGGAAGAGGAACAACCUCAUGACGCUUCCGGUGCACCGGCUGCAGCAUCCCGUGCUGCUCUCCCGCCUGGUGGUCCUGGACCACCCCCACCACUGCAACGUCACCUACAACGUCAACAACGGCAUCCAGUACGUGGCCAGCCAGGCCGAGCAGAACGCGUCGGAAGUGGGCUCCCCGCCCUCCUACUCAGAGGCCCUGCUGGACCAAAGACCCGCGUGGUACGACCUUCCUCCGCCACCCUACUCCUCCGACACUGAGUCUCUGAACCAAGCGGACCUGCCCCCUUACCGCUCCCGCUCCGGGAGUGCUGACAGCGCCAGCUCCCAGGCGGCCAGCAGCCUCCUGAGCGCGGCAGACAGUGGCCACGGCCCGGGGCAGCCCGGCCCCCCGGAGAGCGCCGCGGGGCCCAGGGACUCCGCGCCCAGCCAGGGCACCGCAGAAGUAUAA